UAGCAAUUGUAUUCUCACAAAUAUUUUCCUUUUUCUACUUCAUCAAAUUAAGUAUUUGCUACUAUAAAAGGAAGAAUUGUCAGAGAAUACAAGACCAAAUCAGCAGUCAAAUAGUUUGUCUUCGUGUUUUGUUGGUUUAAUAGAGGAAAAAUUCUGAAAUAGUUUCUUAAAAUGGUGUCUAGCACAAUUCAAGCAUUGCUCAUACUUAGGUAUGAAUAUAUGAUAAUUAUAUAAUUGUUGUUAUUAUAUAUACUCAUAUUGCCACCAACAAAUAUAAAAAUGGACAAAAUUAUUGAGUCUAAAGCUAAGAAGCACUUUGUCCUUGUUCAUACCCUAGGCCAUGGAGCCUGGUCCUGGUACAAGAUUGUUGCAUUGAUGAGAUGUUCAGGACAUAAUGUCACAGCUCUAGACUUGGGUGGUUCAGGAAUCAAUGCGAAACAGGCUCUCGAAAUCCCAAAUUUUUCUGAUUACUUGAGUCCGCUAAUGGAGUUCAUGACUUCACUUUCUACUGAUGAAAAAAUAGUUCUUGUAGGCCAUAGCCUUGGUGGACUCGCCAUCUCUAAAGCCAUGGAAACCUAUCCUGAAAAGAUUUCUGUUGCUGUAUUUCUUAGUGGUGUAAUGCCUGGUCCAAAUAUCAAUGCAUCAAUCGUCUACACUCAGACAAUCAAUGCAAUAAUACGUGAGCUUGAUAAUCGGGUUACAUACCACAACGGACCUGAGAAUCCUCCAACGACUCUCAUCCUAGGUCCCAAGUUCUUGGAAACUAAUGCUUACCAUCUGAGCCCAAUUGAGGAUUUGGUGCUGGCCACUACAUUAGUAAGGCCAUUUUAUUUAUACAGUGCGGAAGAUGUUUCUAAGGAGAUAGUAGUUUCAAGCAAAAAAUAUGGAUUAGUUAAGCGAGUAUUCAUUGUUGCUGCUGAAAAUGAAGCUCUGAAGAAGGAAUUUUUCCAAAUGAUGAUUGAAAAGAAUCCACCAGAUGAAAUAGAAGUGAUCGAGGGGUCUGACCACGCGACCAUGAUGUCUAAGCCCCAACAGCUUUAUGAUACUCUUCUCAGCAUUGCCAACAAGUAUACCUGAGACCUUCCAAUUUGAUGUUUCAAUUAUUUCCUUUACAUUGUAAUUUCAGUGUUCGGAAUUAGCAUCAAUAAAUAAACUUUAUUUGCUGAAAUUACUGAA